AUGUCCAGCGAUUCUCCACGCCAUGGGUAUGUUGCGGCCAGAAUGGUGCGAGAGAGCCCCGAAGAUUAUGAUGCUCUCCAGGAGGAUACCAGUCUGCAUGCCUUGCAAGACCAGCUGCACGAAAUGCAGAUGCAGGAAGAGGAUUUGGUACAGCAAAUUGACACGCUCAUGAAGGCAUUCCAAGUGAAGCGAGCUCCAAUCGAGGAGAACCUCAACACCCUGCGUGAUGGCAUCCAUGACAAGGAGAUGGCAAUUUGGCAUCUCGACCACGAUGAAGACGAAGUGGCUCCGGGACCGAGAAGCCUCGCCUUCGUACAUGGCAACGUCUUCACGGCACUCUGCUCGCUUGUAAUCCUUGCCAACAUGGUUGUGAUGGUGGUGGAGUUCCGGGCCGAUGAGAAGCAAGCCUGGUUCGCUUUGGCCGACAAUGGCUUCCUAGUCUUCUACUGCGGCGAGUUGCUCCUGAAAACGUUGUAUUAUCGCCAAACCCUCUUCCUCGGACGCUGUUCACACGUGUGGUGGAAUUGGCUGGACCUCAUCAUCGUGAUCAGUGGCAUUUUCGAACAAGUGAUCCUCCCUUUGCUGGGCAGUUCUAUUGCUGGAGGGCAUGUUCACCUUUCUGGCCUGAGGGCGUUACGGCUCUUGAGACUGGCACGCGUGGCGCGCGGCCUGAAGCUACUUCGGUUCCUCGUGGAGUCGGAUUUGUCUUGGACGGAGCACCCGGCUUUCGAGAGCUUUAUGAUGUGCAUGAUCGUCCUGAAUGCCAUCGUGAUGUGGCUGGAGCUGGACUACCCAAUGCCAUUCUGGAAUUGGUUUGAGCAGGUCUUGCUGGUUGUCUACACUUUCGAGCUCACCGUCAGAGUGGGGUACCAUGGCUGUGGAUAUUUCGUUCACGAAGAUUGGACGUGGCACUACCUGGACUUUGUCAUCGUCAUGCUUGGUAUUUUCGAUCAGUGGAUGAUCCCAUCAUACCAAUAUCUGCGUGGAUUGAUACUGGGUCCCAGCCACUCCUCUCCAGUUUCGAUGCCCCUUGUAAAAAGCCUGCGCGUGGCACGCGUGUUUCGCGUGCUGCGGCUUGCGCGACUGCUCAGGAGUGUGAAACAGCUUUACAAGCUCAUCAAUGGCGUGGUGCAGUCGCUGGCAAGUGUCGGAUGGGUAAUUCUGCUCACCUUUCUGCUGCUGUAUUCUGCCGCCCUAGUGUUCACUUCCCUGGUAGGCCAGGGCUACAUCUACGACCGCCCUGAAGAUAUUCCAGAGGAAGCUGUACAGUACUUCGGAAGUGUUUGGCGUUCCUUCUUGGCGCUCUUCAAGUUGAUGAACGAUGAUCAGAGCGUCGUUUCCCCAAUCAUUACCACGGUGUCUGGGCAGAUCUUGUUCUAUGCAUUCAUGAUGCUCUCGAACUGGAUGAUGCUGGCCAUCCUCACCUCCGUUGUAUCGGACAACAUGAUGUCCGCAAGUCGCGUCAAGGAGGAGGAGGAUCGGCAGACGCAGCUCCAAGAAGAACACGAGCGGGCCAAACGGAGGAUCACGAAGAUCUUCCGCCAGUUGGACGAGGAUCAGAACGGCUUGAUUUCUGAAGGAGAGAUGCUGCAACUCCUCUCCGAUCAGAAUCUUCAGGCAGAGCUUUGUGAAGCCGCCUGCUUACACCCUGCGGAUUUGGUGGAGAUGCUCUACUGCACCAGCUACCGAACCCCUUCCAAUGAGAAGGUGAUCCUGUAUCGGCAGUUCCUGACAAUGCUGCAGGACGAGGCAGGGCAGGCAAAGGAGCGCUCCAUAUUCAAAGUGCUGGAAGGCAUGAGAGCCAUGGAGUUUCGAUUGGAGAAGCGCCUGAACGCCGCGCUGAGAUGCGCGAACGUACCCCCGGAGAAGAUGGAUGAGCUGCCCUCGCUGAAGCAAGAGCUGGAGCGCACGCGAGAGAUGGAGGACUCGCCAGCGCGCUCCCUUGUGAAGCAGCUCACGCAAAGUGAUUCGGAGCUGUCCGAGAAGGCAGCGCGUGGGGAGCCGCUUCCGAGCAUCGUGGUCAUUCGGGGCCACAUUGGCGCUGAUGGUGGCGAUGUUUGCACGGUCUCCACAGGAAUUCAUGGCCUGUGCGAGCGCAUCGGUGAGAUUGAGCAGCCAAAGAAUGCCUGGAUCGAAAUUGCUCGACAGGCCAAGUCAGACCCCCAGCUGCGCGGUGUGGCCGAUGCCGUGGUGCAGCGAACGGGAGUUGAUGCCGACGAUGUUCCGGAGGUGCCAGAGCCAGGCGAUCCCUACGCCCGGCACAGCAAGAACAGUGGCGAGGGGUCCCUCGUGGUCGCCGAGAUCCUUGUGGCCAGGAUCUGCGCGAAGCAUCAAAGUGUGCGGCGGGAAAAGGCCACUAAAAGGGUGACCAUCAAGCGCCCGCGCAGAAAUGAGAGCUACAACUGCUUCCACGGAAGACGAGUCUCCGACAGGCUGCACAUUAUCGACCUGGAUGGCAACCGAGCUGACAUAGAGUUGCCUCCUGCUGAUGCGGUGGGGCUCGCAGGCGUCUCCGAUCCUCCACCUCUAUUUCUGCCAGUCAGUGAUGUCUGGACCGAGUUUACUCACUACCUACGCAAGGAUGGCGUUACAGGCCCAAGCGGCCGACGUCAGAGAUUAGAUGACCUGCCGCCCAUGCGCUUGUCGGAUCCGUACACCUUGCUGUCUGAAUUCAUUUUCCUCGAUGUGCAAUCGACGGCAGACCUGGGAGGAUUCCCCGGAAACCCGCACGUCCUGGAAGAGAUCGGCGAGGCUUUCCGCGUCGGCUCCACUCCUGCAAAGUUCUUGUGGGAGCCGAGAGGUUUCUAUGACUCGGUUCGUGGAGGUGGCUACGACGACGUGCCGGCGUACGCCACGGGCAAGUUCCGCAAGACGGAGAUGAUCAGCGCCCGAGACUUGCUGGACCGAGCGCAGGCUGCGGCCAAGGAGAACACGCGGUACACGCCGCACUGCGAGCCGACCUUUAGUCGUGCUGAGCUUGAGCAACGCAGGGAUGAGGAGAAUUGCUUCCGGUACACGGAGCUGGCCAUUCCUCGAGGGAUACCCGUCACCAUCCUGGCACGACCCAUGAUAGCAGAGGCUGGAACGGGUGAAGGUGCUGACUGCAACAUCCGACUGGUUUCGCCACAGGGCGAUGAAGGCCCGCCUCAUGCGGACUUAAAGAACCUGAAGGAUCGGUUUCGCUUCCGCAUCCUCCGCGGCCAUCAGGUGGAGAAUCUGCUCCGACACCGGGAGCUGAACCCGACGGCCUACUACGGCUUGGCCUUAGUCGCGGUCGCCUUCAUUGGCUGGGCUGCGUCUGGAUAUCCGGGCCUCGGCGCCUGA